AUGAAAGAAGUAGAUUGUGUCUUAAAAGCUGACUUCUUCCAAUUUACUGCAGAUUUAACGGAUCUAGUAGAAAAGGGAAAUGCCCAGGUGCCAUCCGUUUAUCCGAUCGUGUACUGUUCCGAUGGAUUCUGUGAAUUGACAGGAUUUCCGAGAGCUCAGAUCAUGCAAAAAGGAUGUGCAUGCAACUUUCUCUAUGGACCAGAAACUAGGGAAGAGCAUAAAAAACAAAUUGAAAAAGCUUUAGAAAAUAAAAUCGAACUAAAAUUAGAAAUCAUGUUUUAUACAAAAGCGGGUUGUCCAUUUUGGUGCCUACUGGAUAUAGUUCCAAUUAAGAAUGAAAAACACGAAGUGGUCCUUUUCUUGGCUUCUCAUAAAGAUAUUACAAAAUCAAAAAUUGCUGAGAAUGAGUUAAGUGAUGGAUAUGAUAGCUUAGAAUUGGAUGCAAAUGGUAACUUAGAUCCUGAAGAAGGAUGUCUUCCUGGCUCUCAUAAUCAAAGAAGAAGAAGUAGAGCGGUUCUCUAUCAGUUAUCCGGUCAUUAUAGGCAAGAUAAAAUGAAAACAAAAUUAAAAUUAAAUAAUAAACUGCUUCAUACAACAGCCUUACCUGAAUACAAGACAGCAGCCUUAAAACGAUCCAGGUUUAUUAUUUCACAUUAUGGUAUUUUUAAAACUUGUUGGGACUGGCUUAUUUUAUUUGCUACUUUUGAUGUAGCUGUUGUUGUACCGUAUAGUGCUGCUUUUCAUAAUCGAGAUGAUAAUGCUCUAGAGGAAAAACAGGAUAUGAGACGUUACAGCAAAACUAUAAUUGCAGAUAUUCUAGUCGAAGUAUUGUUUAUAAUAGAUAUCAUAUUGAAUUUUCGAACGACGUUUGUUAACAAGAAGGGAGAAGUAGUUACUAAGCCAAAAUCUAUAGCAAUUCAUUACGUUCGUGGAUGGUUCCUGGUUGAUGUUUUAGCAGCUUUACCUUUCGAUCUUUUAUUUGCAGCCAACUUAUAUAGCAGAAAUACUUUAAUACAUUUGCUAAAACUGACGAGACUGCUUAGGCUGGCAAGACUAAUGCAGAAAAUGGAUAGAUUUUCUCAGUAUAGUGCCAUCAUUCUAACUCUAUUAAUGUUAAUGUUUAGUUUGAUGGCUCACUGGAUGGCUUGUGUUUGGUACGUGAUUGCAGUAGGGGAGAUAGAGAACAACCCAAUCAAUUGGGAUGUAG